AUGAAUUCUGCUGACAAUGAAUAAAAAGAUUUUAAUAUAAUAAAAAAUGAUAUUAAUUCUAUUGAUAAUAAUACAAUAAACACACCUAUGAACAAUAUUGCAAUAUUUUAAAAUUCUAAUACAUUUACAUAAAAAAGCAAAAAAAGUGUUAUAUCUCUUUUGAAAUAAGCUGAACCGCAAGAAUAAGACUACAUUCUUGAUGAGAUUUAAGAUAUUACUUUGUCUGUAGUUAUAAAUAGAAAGUUAUACACUUAUACAGGAAAACCUCACCCUGAGAUCAUGCAACUUUUUGAAUUAUUAAAAGAAAAAUCUGUUUAAUAGUCUGAUUUUAGAAUAAUCAAUUAUUUAAGAUAAAAAUUAGAAGAUUUAGAAGAAUUUUUUGACACUAAAUGUGUUUUCUUUGGUGGGAGAAUGAAAUUAUCUCUAUACGAAUCUAUAAUGUAUUUGUUUUUCAUCAUUAUUUACAUAGUUUAUGCAGUAAACAUGGCCUCUGUAGGUGAUGAUAUAAAUGUUAGAAGCUCAGUAUGGAAGUCUUAAUUGUAGGGAAACUCCAUCUGGUUUGGAGCUAUUUUUACAAUUUAUGGAAUAAUAUACAUAAAUAUUAAAUCAGUCUUAAUACUAUUUUUACUUUUCUUAGCUCUUGUUGUAGUUUAAGUUCUCCUUCUUCUAAAUGAUUUUAAUAUUUUAACUAAUGGAAUAAGCAGCUUUUAAAUGGUUUCAUAUUCAACAUUAUACUCUAGAAUAUAUCCUAUGAUUUUGUAUUUGCACUGGUUCAUUUUUUCUUUGGUCUACAAUUGGAUUAAGAACUCUUUUAAGAGAAGUAGUGCUAUGUAUUUAGGUAUAGGUUGGUGUUUACUGAUUCCUUAUUAUGUCUGCUUGCAAGUGAUGUCAUACCUUUUGCUUCAAAAGAACUAUUAGGUUUUUGAUGCCAUCAAUAGUAUAUUAAAUAUUUUAAUAGCUCCUUUUAUCAUAAUUGUUAUUGUAAGUUGGAUUAUCCUACACUAUAGACUAUUUAUGCUUCCAGUAAGUAACAUCACAAUAGCUAUUGCAAGGAUAAAGGAAGAAAUCUAAAAGAAUUUCAAAUAGCCCAUACCUAUUGAGGAUAAUGAUGAGGAGGAUCCUCAAAACAAAAAGUUAAGAUCAAAUUGGAAGAGAUUCAAAAAGUUUAUUAGAAUAAAUUUUUAUAUGAUAUCAUCAAUCGUUAUUGGCAGCAUUUAUUGCUUCUGUGAAAUUUUUUUAAUUUAUUAAGUGAUAAACGAGUUUUCUUCUAGCUCAAUAAAUUAUGACAAUCUAGCAAUACUACUCUUUUAAAUUAUUAUUAUACCUGCAUUUGUUGUUCUUGGAAUUAUUAUUUCAGUUUCUAAACGCUAAACUUGGGCUACAUUUACAUUCUUUCCUUUAUUUGUUGCUGCUUUCCCAUUAUUUGGAAUCAUUCCACUGACAUGGCUUCUUGAGAAUACAUCAUUUGGUGGUAACAUUACAUAUGUAGCUAUUAUUGCUUUACCAACAUGCAUCAUUUACUGGCUCAUAUUGGCAAUGUUUGGAGUUUAGAGAAGAUUCCAAUUUCUCUUUUUUAUAACUUAUACAUGCAUUUUCUUUGCUUUUCCUAUUGGUUUUUUAUUACCUCUCUCAUACAUAAAUAUUUCUGGUCUCAAUUCAAGCACUGUUUAUUUUAUUAGUGGAGUUAUUGUAGCAGCUGGAUUAGGUUUAAUAUUCAUAUAUUUAGUCGUCUUCAUUAUAAAAUUCCUAUAUUAAAAUGUUUACAAAAGAUAAUCCAAAUCAAUUAUUAAUUUAACUGCAAUAAGUUAUUUUAAUUUAAAAAAUAUGGGUUUUUUAGUAAACAGUAGUGGAUUUAUCUUAGGCUAUACACUAUUAUGUUAUGUUUUUUAUGCUAGACCUUCUACAGCAUCAAACGAUGACAGAGGAUUUGUAGACGGGAUGCUUAUUAAUCUUCCUUUGAUAUUCGUAUUAAUAAACUAUUCUUUGCAAACAGAGUCACUAGAAUACAUUAUCGAAGAAGACAAUUUUAGUUUAGAUUCUUCAGUUAAUUAAUCUUACUCAAUGAAUCAAAGUUCAUUAUAAAAAUCUUAAAUAUCAUCAAAUGCCGAAUAUCAAGAAAUAUAACAAAAAACAUCUUUUUAGAAAAGAUUGAUAUAUGUAGGUAUAAUAGUACCAUUUGUAACAUGCUUACCUUUGUAUAUUCUUUCAAGUCAGAGAUAAACUACUACAAGAAUUGCUGUGAUUAUGGUAGGAAUGCCCUGCUGCUUUUUACUUUUAUGGUUCUUGUUAGAAGUUAAAAACAAAAGUAAGAAGCUAUAAAAUUUUUUUACACCUUUUUUGGCAACUAUUUGUUGGUGUUGUGUAAUCCUGCCCUUGCUUGUAAUAGCUCCAGUUAUAGCAAAUUAUAUUGAAACUGAGGGACCUUACUUUGCAGAUUUUAUGAGAUCAAUAAUAGCAGCAGUAGCUUUUAUAUUGAUAUGCGGUGUCACUUCUUUUAGCAUAUUUAUAUUCGUCAUUAAAAAUAGACUAGAAGAAGAAAAGAAGAAAAAAUUUGUAGUAACUCAGAUGCUAAAAAUGUGCAUAGAUAACAGAGUUAAAUCAAAUGUUAAUCCUUUGGCAAUCUUAUAUGAUUAUUUUCAUAAAAUACAUCAAUUAGAAGAUAGGAUGAAGCUUUUAUUGUAAGACCACUCGAAACCUCUGAAAUAUAAUCACAAUUAAAAACCAAAAGAUAAAAAUUUCGAAGAAGAAAUCAUAGUCUCAAAAAAUAGCAACAAAAAAGUAGAAACUAAGAAAGAAAAUAAAAGAUCGAAACUUGAUAUUUGUCUUGAUUAUUUAUUUUGUAGAUUUGGAAUUUAAGUUGAUAAUUUAAACAAAGACGAUGAAAGCGAGAUAACCAUGGAUGAUUUAGUUAAAGAAGUUGAGAGGGCAGAAUAGAUCAUGGAUGAUUAUUUACCAAAGCAAAUUAAAAUGGGUUAUCUAUAUAAUAAAUAAAAUAAAAAUAGAGGAUAGCUAGAUGAAGAAUAAGCUAAUUUGAUGGAACGUAUAGAGUAGACUAAAGAAUAAAAUGCUAUUCAACUCUUUGAAAAUCCGAAACUCAAAGUUAAGUCUAAGCACGAAUAAAUAAGUUCAAAAACUUAAAUGUUUAGAUCAUAUAAAAUAAAACGCAUAAAAGCAGAAGAUAUAAAUAAAUUCAGAUACACAGAUUACUCAUAGUUACUUUAUAAUUCUGAAUUUGAAAGAGGAUUGUUCUUUCAUGAUUUGUACAAGGAUUUUUCAAAUGAAGACGAUAAUUAACCAUAAUUGAUGAUUUACAACGACUUCUUAGAACUUUGUCGUCUUUCUGGUAUCUUGCAAGUUGAUGAUGACUAUGCAUCUUCACUGAGAUCUGAAGUUCCCUCUUUAAAGGAAAAGUAAGAUAGUAUACCAAGCGACUUAUAAAGCUUUGAUGAAAUUUACCUAUAGUAGCUUAUAUAGAAAGAACUUUCUUAAAUAUAUGAUUCACAUUCAUCAUAAGUCUGGAAAGGAGGAAUAUUAGCUCUAAAUCUAUAAGAUUUUUCUAAAUGUAUGAUUGAUAUAGCAAACAAAGUAUCAAUUAACAAGGAAUCUACAACUAUUUCAUUAAAAUUGAGAGAACUACUAUAUGAAAGAAUGUUUGGGUAUUUAAUGACAAAUAUUCCAAACUUUGCAAGCAAUUAUAGACCAGAUAUUAGAAAGUUUAUAAAGAAAGAAGAAAUUGAGAAGAGGAUGGAAGGAUCUCCUUUUAUUUUUACCAUUCCUUUAAAAACUUAACUUGAGGAUGAUGAAGAUGUCAUUUUUAAUUACUAGAGAAAAAAUAAAUAUCUUUUAUCAAUGCAAAAAGAAGAAAACUUAAACUAUGAAAACAUUUAAAGAAUGAACAUAAAUGAAGUAAAAGGAUCAAAUAAAAACAAAGUUAAGGUUCAGGACUAAAAUGCACCUUAAAAAAUAAAAGAGAAUGUUUCUUGCUUCAUUAUGAUGUGUAGAUGCUUAAGAACUUGCUGUUGUGUUUACCCAGGGAAAGCUUUCUCAUAUGUUGAUAAAAAAAUAAGUUCUUUAAUAUAGAGAUUAACUAAACCAAAAAUUGCAAAGAAUGUUAUUUCCAGAAAACCUCAAGCUAAGAAAGCUCCUAGUUGGAAUGAUAUGGCAGAUAAUUUAGUUACAACAAUGGUUAAUUCUAUAAGAGCAUACGAAGAAAAUUAAAAUUAGGCUAUGAAAGUUUAGUUCAAUUUAAAUAUAAAUAAUCUUAUGACUAUUGUUGGUAAACUAAGUGAUUUUCUAACUCUUUACGGAGUAGCCUUUAAUAAUCAAGUAGAGUGGUUUCCUGGAUAUACUACAAAAGUUGAUACAGCAUAAGUGACUUCAGGAUCAAUAUUUAGUAGUUACUAAAUAAUAUUUUGGUUGUGUGUUGGUUUAGGUAUACUUUACUUUUUUAUUGCUCUGAUUGCUUAAGAUUAUGCUGAAGAAGGUACUUUAGGAAAAGAUGAAAAUGGUGAAAAUGCAAACUUUAGACACAAGCAAUUCUAUUUAUCUAAAGGUGUCAACUUAUUAGGAGCCACCUUUUUUAUGUUUAUUAUGAGAACAUUGAUGGAUGCAUAUAUUUGUGAUUGGGAAACAAGUUCACCCUGGAGUCUUUAUAGAACUAGUUCUAUUUAGUGUUUGAGCAAUACUCAUUUUUGGAUGAUGGCUAGCGGUUUUAUAGCUUUGUUAGGUUACUAUCCUCUAUCUACUUUUAUUUAGCCAAGUAUUUAGUUUUUAGAUAAUACUCUUGAUGUUAAGUAUGAUAAAUCGUAUAUUGCAGUUUAUAUUCAAGCUAAAUUAAUUGUUUUAGGUGCCACAGCAUUUUUUAACUCUUUUUAAAACAAAACUUUAAUUAGCAUCAUCCAACUUAGUAUCACAUCUUUUGUAGGUUUUGGAAUGAGUUUGCUUGCAAUUAAAAUAGAACCUUGUCUAAUUGGAUUUAUUAAUCCUAUAGAAAUAGGAUGCCUUCUAUGUAUAGGAAUUAUUAACGGUAUUGGACUUCUAAUUGUAAUUACAAAAGAAUCGUUGAUACUAUUUAUUGUGAAUAUUGUUCUACAUCUUAUUGUCAUAAUAAUUUUAGCUAUCAUCAUUAAAAAAAAGUAUUUUUCUGGUAAACAUCAACAAAAAAAGCUUGUCCUAAAUCAUUUACCAGUAAUUUAAAAAACACAAGAGAAAAAGAAAGAAUUAGAGUAACUUAAAGUUGGAGUAGAAACUCCUUAACAAACUCCUCAGCUUCAAGCUUCAAGAAGGGGAAAUCAUAUUACAUCAAAAGAUGUUACAGAUUCUUUUUAGACUUAAUAACGUUUCAAAAACAAAGUUAAUAUCGAAGGUUUAUCAGAUGCCAAUUCAAAGAUAUUAGAAAUAGAAUAAUUAUGA